AUGAUGGAAGAAUUGCAUAGCCUGGACCCUCGGCGCCAGGAAUUGUUGGAAGCGCGAUUUACAGGAGCCGGGGUUUCAAAGGGACAAUUGAACAGUGAAUCUUCUAACCAAAGUCUAUGUAGCCUGGGUUCUCUGAGCGACAAGGAACUUGAGACUCCAGAGAAAAAACAGAAUGACCAGAGGAAUCGCAAGAGAAAAGCGGAAACCAUAUGAAACGAGUCAAGGGAAAAACACUCCUAGAGGACAUAAAAUUAGUGAUUAUUUUGAGUUUGCUGGGGGAAGUGGCCCGGGGACAAGUCCUGGCAGAAGCGUUCCACCGGUUGCCAGAUCCUCACCGCAACAUUCCUUAUCAAACCCUUUACCCCUAACGAGUCAGCAGAGUAGCCCUCCUUCCUCCACACCGUUGAACCUAGAUCAUUCCUCUAUCCCCAUCAAACAGAUUUCCGUCCAGCACAGACAAAUACAGUCUGACCUCACGAUGGAUAAAAUAUCCGCUCUCGAAAACAACAAAAACUCUGACCUAGAGAAAAAGGAGGGGAGGAUAGAUGACUUAUUAAGGGUAAAUUGUGACCUCCGACGGCAAAUGGAUGAGCAGAAGAAAAUGUUAGAAAAGUACAAAGAACGGUUAAACAGAUGUGUGACAAUGAGCAAAAAACUGCUUAUAGAGAAGUCCAAACAGGAAAAGAUGGCAUGUCGGGAUAAAAGCAUGCAGGAUCGCCUGCGGCUGGGCCAUUUUACCACUGUCCGUCACGGCGCCUCUUUCACUGAGCAGUGGACUGAUGGCUAUGCCUUUCAGAACCUCAUAAAGCAACAAGAAAGGAUAAACUCCCAAAGGGAAGAGAUUGAACGGCAACGGAAGCUGUUGGCCAAACGGAAGCCCCCAGCAAUGGGACAAAUGCCACCUGCAAACAAUGAGCAAAAGCAGCGCAAAAAUAAGACCAACGGUGCAGAGAAUGAAGCGUUAACCUUAGCUGAAUAUCACGAACAGGAGGAGAUAUUCAAACUACGAUUAGGUCACCUUAAAAAAGAAGAGGCUGAGAUACAAGCGGAGCUAGAAAGGCUCGAAAGGGUCAGAAAUUUGCACAUUAGGGAGUUGAAAAGAAUACAUAAUGAAGAUAACUCACAAUUUAAAGACCAUCCCACGCUAAACGACAGGUAUUUACUGCUACAUCUGUUGGGCAGAGGAGGCUUCAGUGAAGUGUAUAAGGCAUUUGACCUAACGGAGCAAAGAUACGUAGCUGUGAAAAUCCACCAGUUAAAUAAGAACUGGAGGGAUGAAAAGAAAGAAAACUACCACAAGCAUGCCUGCAGGGAAUACCGUAUUCACAAGGAGCUUGAUCACCCCAGGAUAGUCAAACUAUAUGAUUAUUUCUCUCUCGACACAGACUCGUUCUGCACAGUGCUGGAGUACUGCGAGGGCAACGAUCUCGACUUCUACUUGAAACAGCACAAGCUUAUGUCAGAGAAGGAGGCCCGCUCCAUCAUCAUGCAGAUUGUAAAUGCUCUCAAGUACUUGAAUGAGAUCAAGCCACCAAUAAUACACUAUGAUCUAAAGCCAGGUAAUAUCCUUUUGGUUAAUGGUACUGCCUGCGGAGAGAUAAAAAUCACAGAUUUUGGACUCUCUAAAAUAAUGGAUGAUGACAGCUAUAACUCAGUGGAUGGCAUGGAGCUCACGUCACAAGGGGCUGGAACCUACUGGUACCUGCCUCCUGAAUGUUUUGUGGUUGGUAAAGAGCCCCCAAAAAUUUCAAACAAGGUUGAUGUUUGGUCUGUAGGAGUCAUUUUCUACCAGUGUCUGUAUGGGCGGAAGCCAUUUGGUCACAACCAGUCUCAACAGGACAUCUUACAAGAGAAUACCAUCCUAAAAGCCACAGAGGUCCAGUUUCCUCCAAAGCCAGUUGUGACCCCAGAAGCCAAGGCUUUUAUUCGUCGUUGCCUUGCCUAUAGGAAGGAGGAUCGGAUAGAUGUCCACCAGCUAGCAUCUGACCCCUACCUACUGCCGCACAUUCGUAAAUCGGUCUCCACCAAUAGCCCAGCCACCGCUGCAGUAGCAUCAACAUCUGCUUCCUCCAACAACAGCUUGUCAAACUGA